AUGGCGCAGGAGCAGAUAAGCAGUGAAGAAGGGACUAUUUUAUUGCAAUCCAUCAAAGCGCAGGGAUCCACAGCGGGAAAUUUGAGAAGUUCCAUGAUUUCUUCGUCUUUUAACUUCAUCAACUCUAUUAUUGGAUCUGGAAUAAUAGGUUUACCAUAUGCACUGAACCAAGCAGGGCUCCCAUUUGGUCUUUUGCUAUUGAUAGUAGUUGGUUUUAUCACAGACUACACCAUUAUUCUAUUGAUCAAGGGAGGCAAUCUGUCCGGGACAAACAGUUACCAGGCACUGGUCCAGAGCACUUUUGGGUUCCCCGGGUUUUUGAUUCUCUCUGUGCUGCAGUUUCUCUAUCCUUUUAUAGCUAUGAUUAGUUACAAUAUCACAACAGGAGACACACUCACAAAAGUAUUUCUACGGAUACCAGGAGUGGGUCCCAGUCAUAUACUCGCCAAUCGUCACUUUGUCAUUUUGGUGAUAACUGUUUUAUUCACUCUGCCUCUUUCACUUUAUCGCAACAUAGAGCGACUGGGAAAGGUCUCAUUCUUGUCAAUGGUGCUGACUUUAACUGUGCUCAUCAUUGUCAUCAUUCGAUCAGCCACUUUGGGACCAGAAAUCCCUCCUACUGACAGUGCCUGGGCAUUUGCAAAAAUUAAUGCAAUUCAGGCUGUUGGCGUCAUGUCUUUUGCAUUCAUAUGCCAUCACAACAGCUUCCUCAUCUAUGGGUCUCUGCAGAAUCCUACUCUGUCUCGCUGGACCAUAGUCACUCAUGUGUCUGUGGGCUCUGCUCUUGUCAUCAGUGCUGUUUUUGCUGUGGCUGGGUAUGCCACUUUUACAGGCUAUACUCAAGGAGACAUAUUUGAGAACUACUGCAGGGAUGAUAAUCUGGCCACGUUUGGCCGCUUCUGCUUUGGCCUCAGCAUUAUCACCACUUUUCCACUGGAGUGUUUUGUCACCCGUGAGGUGCUCUCCAAUGUAAUGUGCUACAGAGAGCUGUCCAGAGUCAAGCAUGGGGCCAUAACGUUUCUCAUUGUAGCAGUUUGCACAGCCAUUUCUGUAUCUCUUGAUUGUCUUGCAUUGGUUAUGGAGUUAAAUGGUGCUCUGAGCGCCAUCCCGCUGAUGUUCAUCCUCCCCUCUGCCUGCUACCUCAAGCUGUCGCCCGGGCGCUGGUUCCACUCCCACAACCUGGGGCCAUGUGUUCUGAUAGGAUUGGGGCUGUUCUUCAUGAUCACCGGACUCACCCUGACGGGGGUCUUCCAGCAGGACUGUUCACAUGGAGUGGAGAUGUUUUAUUGUACAGAUACCAAUGUCUCCAGCACUCUGGCUCCAUAAGGCUUAAGUGUAUACAAAGACAAAUUGUGCUGUUUUUAAUGGUAAAUUGAGUGUAAGGUUUUAACAUUUU